GGAGUCACGCUGCCGCGGGAGGAAGGGGAGUUUCGGAUGGAGAGGAUGGUGGCGGGACCACGGAAAAGGGGUGAUGCAGGAUGGGGUCGAGGGGAAACCAACCAACAGAGGUUCUAUCGUUUAAAAAAAGAGAGAAAGAGAGACAAGAAGAGUGGAGAGAGGCAGGUAUUUGGAGGGUAGAGGGCUGCAGAGUGUUCCAAAUAGGGCAGCCGCUGGGGCCCUAGGGCUGGAGGCUCCUCUAUGAGGCCCUAUCCCUGGGCCCCCAAGCCAAAAUGUCCCCAGAACAAAGCUGUCCUGUUGUGUUGUUUGUCUGAGUUGGGGAAAGCAUGUUCAGGGGGCCCCUUGCUGGAGAGGGGCUGUUCUCAGUCCCAGACAGAGGGAAGGCCUUGGCUGAGGAACUGAUUGGUGCCCUGGCCUCCUGUUGCCCGGUGACAGCGAUGGCAGUGUUGGCAGGAGGUUUGGAUAACCCCACCCCAUUCCCCCUCCCAGCUUGAGGCCUGGCCCUCCUGGGCCCCUUGACCCCGCAGGGCAUGUGAGACCCUGCGUGGAUAGGGUGUGAGGGGGUUCUCCGUGCACCCUGGGCUCUGCCGUGGAAUCUGCCCAGACAGGACUCUAGGCUUGGCUGCCAAUCAGGGAACCUAAGGUCUGAGGGGCUCCUAAGCCCCCUCACCUGCUUCUCUCCACAAUCAGUAGCUAUCUGUCCUCUGUCUGACUGGCUGAAUGGAAUCUCUGGAUCCCUGCCGUCACCCUUCCUUGGCUCCUACCAGGCCCUCUCCUUACCUGUUGCCUGCGUCUCUCUAUGCUCUGUGUGCUGCCUCUUUCACAGUCACUUUCUAUUUAUCUUCCACAUUGUUUCUCUCUACGGUCUCUUUCUGUUUAAUCCCCUUUCUUUCCCACAGUUUCCCUUCCUCUCACAUCCUGUCUGGGUGUCCCUCCUGCUCAGUCUUUAUCUCUUCCUCUCAACCAUUCUCUGCCUCUUGGUCUCUAAUCGCUGUCUUUUGAUCUUUGGGUCUCUUAGACCAGUGGGUGGGGAUAAUAGAGGUGAUGAGGACAGCUAGGGAAGGACCUUGUGGGACAGAACAACUGAUGCUGAGGGAGAACCUCUCUAUCUCUGUGUCUCUGUCUCUCUCCCUCUCACUCCCCCCUCCCUGGUCCCUGCCUCUCGGACUCUGUUUCUGCUCUUACUGAAUUUGUGUUUCUCACUUAGUCCCUGGUCUCUGUUUUUCUCUCACAUGGUCUCUGUCUCUGUCCUUCUUCAGUGUCUCUCUUCCUCUCCUGACCUUUCUCUGGGAGCCAGGCUUGGCUUGGACUUGGUUUGUCUUACACACUGUCUCUCUCUGGGGCACCCAGGCCUUCCCUGCCAUGCGACCUGUCAGUAUCCGGCAGUGGAGCCCAUGGGGGCUGUUGCUGUGCCUGCUGUGCUGCUCCUGCCUGGGAGCUCCAUCCCCAUCCACGGCCCCCGAGAAGAGGCCUGGGAGCCAGGGGCUGCGGUUCCGGCUGGCUGGCUUCCCCCGGAAGCCCUUUGAGGGCCGCGUGGAGAUCCAGCGAGCUGGCGAGUGGGGCACCAUCUGCGAUGACGACUUCACCCUGCAGGCUGCCCACGUCCUCUGCCGGGAGCUGGGCUUCACAGAGGCCACGGGCUGGACCCACAGUGCCAAAUACGGCCCUGGAACAGGCCGCAUCUGGCUGGACAACCUGAGCUGCAGUGGGACUGAGCAAAGUGUGACUGAAUGUGCCUCCCGGGGCUGGGGGAACAGUGACUGCACUCACGAUGAGGAUGCCGGAGUCAUCUGCAAGGACCAGCGCCUCCCUGGCUUCUCAGAUUCUAAUGUCAUUGAGGUAGAACAGCACCUGCAAGUGGAGGAGGUGCGACUUCGACCGGCCGUGGGGCGGGGCAGGCGGCCCCUGCCAGUGACCGAGGGGCUGGUCGAAGUCAGGCUUCCCGACGGCUGGUUGCAAGUGUGUGACAAAGGCUGGAGUGCCCAUAACAGCCACGUGGUCUGCGGGAUGCUGGGCUUCCCUAGCGAAAAGAGGGUCAACACGGCCUUUUACAGAAAGUUGAGGAAGCGAGCGGCCAAAGCCUCGGCCCGACGCCCCAAGCCCCUUGGAAGACAACUCACCAAGCUUAAAGUCAAACCCAAACCCCGAGUGGGCAGGGGAUCAAUCAAGAGGCUGCUGGCCCAGCGGCAGCAACACUCCUUUGGUCUGCAUGGGGUGGCGUGCGUGGGCACCGAGGCCCACCUCUCCCUCUGCUCCUUGGAGUUCUAUCGUGCCAAUGACACCACCAGGUGCCCUGGGGGGGCCCCUGCGGUGGUGAGCUGUGUGCCAGGCCCUCUCUACGCAGCGUCCAGUGGCCAGAAGAAGCAACAACAGUCGAAGCCUCAGGGGGAGACCCGAGUGCGUCUAAAGGGUGGGGCCCACCCUGGAGAGGGCCGGGUGGAAGUCCUGAAGGCCAGCACGUGGGGCACAGUCUGUGACCGCAAGUGGGACCUGCAGGCAGCCAGCGUGGUGUGUCGGGAGCUGGGCUUCGGGAGUGCUCGAGAGGCUCUGAGUGGUGCCCGCAUGGGGCAGGGUAUGGGUGCCAUUCACUUAAGUGAAGUUCGAUGCUCUGGACAGGAACUGUCCCUCUGGAAGUGCCCCCACAAGAACAUCACAGCCGAGGACUGUUCCCAUAGCCGGGAUGCCGGAGUCAGAUGCAACUUGCCCUACACUGGGGUAGAGACCAAGAUCCGACUCAGUGGGGGCCGCAGCCAACAUGAGGGGCGAGUGGAGGUGCAAAUAGGGGAAGCUGGGUCCCUUCGCUGGGGCCUCAUCUGUGGGGAUGACUGGGGGACACUGGAGGCCAUGGUGGUCUGUAGGCAACUUGGACUGGGCUAUGCCAACCAUGGCCUACAGGAGACCUGGUACUGGGACUCAGGGAAUACCACAGAGGUGGUGAUGAGUGGAGUGCGCUGUACAGGGUCUGAGCUGUCCCUGGACCAGUGUGCUCAUCAUGGCACCCACAUUGCCUGCAAGAGAACGGGAACCCGCUUCACUGCUGGAGUCAUCUGUUCUGAGACUGCGUCAGACCUACUACUGCACUCAGCCCUGGUGCAAGAGACGGCCUACAUCGAGGACCGGCCCCUGCACAUGCUCUACUGCGCCGCAGAGGAGAACUGCCUGGCCCGUUCGGCCCGCUCAGCCCCCUGGCCCUAUGGCCACAGGCGUCUCCUCCGGUUCUCCUCCCAGAUCCACAACCUGGGACGAGCUGACUUCAGGCCCAAGGCUGGGCGCCACUCCUGGGUGUGGCACGAGUGUCAUGGGCACUACCACAGCAUGGACAUCUUCACUCACUAUGAUAUCCUGACCCCCAAUGGCACCAAGGUGGCUGAGGGCCACAAAGCUAGCUUCUGUCUAGAAGACACUGAAUGUCAGGAGGAUGUCGCCAAGAGGUAUGAGUGUGCCAACUUUGGAGAGCAGGGCAUUACCGUGGGCUGCUGGGAUCUGUACCGGCAUGACAUCGACUGCCAGUGGAUUGACAUCACAGAUGUGAGGCCAGGAAACUACAUUCUGCAGGUGGUCAUCAAUCCCAAUUUUGAAGUAGCAGAAAGCGACUUUACCAACAAUGCGAUGAAAUGUAACUGCAAAUACGACGGGCACCGCAUCUGGGUGCACAACUGCCACAUUGGUGAUGCCUUCAGUGAAGAGGCCAACCGGAGGUUUGAGCGCUACCCUGGCCAGACCAGCAACCAGAUCGUCUAAGGUGCCGCCACCCUCCUCCACAAGCCACCACUGGCCCCUAAGAGCGGGGUCUGAGGCUGCCAUUACCUCAGGAGCUUACCAAGAAACCCCUGACGUCAGCAGACCUGCCACACUCAUCCACUGUGCGCUAUGGAUGUGGAACUCUCAAGCCGAGGUUAUCGCCCUCCUUCCCAGGCCAGCUGCCGGAUCUGUGGCCAGGCGUGGGGAAUUUUUGCUCCCGGGCCCAGCACCAAGCCAAGCACACAACAAAGAGCAGCACCUGAUUAACUGCCCAGAACAACAGACAGCAGCAGCUGGUUUUCUUGCAUAGGGAGGUCAGAAGGGUCAGCU